AUGGAAUCAAGCAAUUUUAUUGACUUAUAUUCAGGGGAAAGUUUAGCUGAAAAAUAUUUGAAAUAUCGACCUUCCUACCCUAAACACAUAGCCGAAACUAUUAUCGACCAACUCAAAAAAUCGGGCGCAAGACAGUCUGAAAAUGGAAAAUUUUUGCGCAUGCUAGAUGUUGGUUGUGGCAGUGGGCAAGCCACUUUCGGAUUUUCUCCUUACUUUGAUUCCAUCCUUGCGCUGGAUAUCAGCGCCGAUCAAAUCAAAAUGGGUAAAAAAGACAAUAAAUGCGACAACGUGUCAUUUCAGCAAAUGUUUGACAAGUAUCUACCAGUCGAAGACGAAUCAGUGGAUUUCAUAAACUGUGCUUCAGCAGCACAUUUGUUUGACAUCAAGUACUUUACUGAGGAAUGUCAGCGCGUACUGAAACCGAAUGGUUGUGUCGCGAUUUACUUUCGCAGUAUAAAAUCAAUAAUGACAAUUCCUGUAAAGCCUGCUCCAAACCAAGAAGAACUUAAUUUGAAACUUCACGGAUUAAAUUUUCAGUUUCUCCGAAGUGUUGGAAUGCAUCCCAGUAUGGAAAUUUGCGAAAAGAAAUAUGUACCUAUCUUCGAGCAGAUCCCAGCAUCGUCGAAGGUCUGGCUCCCUGGUUUGGAAUUUUUCGUUGAAUGGACACUGAAAGAAUACCGUCACUUUCGAACUACCAAUGGCGAGUACCAUAAGUUCAUGGAAACAAACCCUCCAAAUGAUCCAUUAAAUGAAGCAAUGAAUAAUAUAAAACAAUUGCUUAAUGUUGAAGGACAAAGUGAAGAACAAAUCAAGACUAGAGUCACUUGGGAUGUCCCUACUAUUAUCUUUAAAAAGGAAUGA